UUGGGAUUGCACUCACUGAAGAUCCAUCCAUGGUUGUCAGGAUAACUCCCUAGCCUUUGAAGCUCCUUGCCUCAUGAGAACCCUAUCAGAUUUGGAAGUUGCUGGCCGAGAAACAAGCAUAGUGUGGUAAGCUCAGCUUAGGCUAAGGUCCUCACUUCUCGAGCUUGAUUUAUUUCCGUCAGGGAAUAAACGGCCUGCUUCAAACACCAGCAACCGAGCGGUUUCUCAGACGUUUCUGCCAGCCACAUGCUAGUACCAGACCGACAGGACGCAGAGCAGAUCACAGCGAGAUGACUCUUCACGCGGUUGACGAGUUCACCCUCCUGCAGCGACCGCGGAAGCUGCCAGGCAGAGGACAUUUCAACGACCAAUAAUCCCAAUGACACGAUUAAGCAGGAGAAACCACGGGAGUGGCCACUGCCAAACUUCGCAAACGAGACGCGGAAAAUGCUGGUGGAUCGACUCCCAGCAAGACGAGCCGUAAGCGAGGCAGAUGCUCGGACAAGGCACCGAGCAACGGCGACGAGUCUCAUUGUGAGGCUAAGCCAACUAGCCGACGGAGAGGGAAGGAAAGGUCGAUGGGAACGGAUCGAGUCACCCUGAUGGUGCUGCUGGCUCAGCCGCCUCGCAGGGAGCGUUUGGCAUUGUUAGUAGCAGCAAUGAGCGAAACGACCCGGCGUCUCUGGCAACAGCAAGGAGAAAUGCGACGAUGGCAACAGCGAGGGACGCCAGACCAGCGGCAUCCCCGCAGCUGCUGCUGACGGAGGCUCAGCGCGCUGCUGCUUUCCACGAUCCCAGCGUCCCGCUGCUCGUCGUCGCUGCUGCUGGAUCCGGGAAGACGUCAGUCAUCUGCCACAGGAUCAUCCACCUCAUUUCCCAGGGUGUUCCUCCCAACGAGAUCUUAGCAGUCACAUUCACGAGAAGAGCAGGCCAGAGCCUACGGCAGCGACUGCACCAGCUAGCAGGAGCGAUGGCAGCGCAGCAGCUAGACAAGGCAGCAAGUGGCGCGGGAUUAGCUGCAGCAGCAGCGCCAGGAGAACCAGCAGCAGCACCAGCUAUGCAAACGGUGUCAGCAGCAGCGAUAGCAGACGUGCGCGUUUCCACCUUCCACUCCUUCUGCCUGCAGACCCUCAGGCAGUUCGCGCACCUGGCUGGACUGCCAAAGGAUUUCACCGUCUUCCCACCCAAGAUGCAGGCAGAGGCGCUGAUGGAGCUGCUGCAGGAGUGGGCGGAGAGGAAAGCUGCAGAGGCAGGGGAGAGGGAAGAGCACGAUGGGAACAGUCGCGUGGGCAUGCCAACAGGAAAGAAACUGCACUUCAUCAUCCGUCGCUUCCUGCAAGAGUUUGGUCAGAUCGAAGUCGAGAACGCAGAAGCACAAGUGCUUGAAGGCUCUCAAAAACCGCACCAGUCAGCUGCAACACUAGCACCAGUACCAGCUGCUGCUGCUGCUGCUGCUGCUGCUGCCUGCUGCUGCUGCUCCUGCAGCAGGCGGCCAUACUGCUGCUACGGAUCAUGGUCACGUGCACAGGAGGAGGAGGCGGAUAUCAUUUGGAGGAGAUGGAGGAGGAGGGGAGGGCGACGAGGAGGGCGGGCUGUUUGCGUGGCUGUGGGAGCAGUACCGGCGGCGCCUG